CGAGACCCACGUGAGCUAGAGGCGGAGAUUGAAGGCCUCAAGAUUCUUUUUAUUUUUAGUAUUUUUAAAAAGAUAAUUUUCUUCCUUCCCCCCUGCCCUCUGACUCUCUCUCGUCUUCUCACACCGCUUCAUCGACUCCUCGACCUCCCCCCGACCUUCCCUGGCCCUUCGUCCUCCGUCCUUCCCCCCCCCCCUCCGAUCCUCCCGGCGCUGCCCUCAAGUCACCGACCAUGAAGAUCGCCGUGGAAGGCUGCUGCCACGGCGAGCUGGACCGCAUCUACGAGACGAUCGCCUACCUGGAGAACCGCGAGGGCAUCACGGUCGACCUGCUGCUCUGCUGUGGUGACUUCCAGGCCGUGCGCAAUGAGGCCGACCUCAAGUGCGUCGCUGUGCCACCCAAAUACAGGCAAAUGCAGACCUUCUACAAGUACUACUCUGGAGAAAAGAAAGCCCCGAUCCUGACUGUAUUCAUUGGAGGAAACCACGAGGCUGCCAAUCACUUGCAAGAGUUGUCUUACGGAGGCUGGGUUGCUCCCAACAUAUUCUAUAUGGGCUACGCAGGCGUGGUGCGUUAUGGUGGUUUGAGGAUAGGUGGUCUCUCCGGGAUUUACAAGCAACACGAUUACUGGAAAGGUCACUUUGAAAGUCCUCCCUACAACCAGAACACUUUGCGGAGCACCUACCACGUGCGCAACUUUGACGUCUUCAGGUUAAAGCAGCUGCGUCUCCCGCUCGACGUCUUCAUGUCGCACGACUGGCCGCGCGGCAUCUACCGCUACGGCCGCUCCGAGGAGCUUGUGCGGCGCAAGCGCCACUUCCAGAACGAGGUGGAGACGAACACGUUGGGCAGCCCCGCGGCCGCCGAGCUGCUGCACCACCUGCGGCCCACGUACUGGUUCUCGGCCCACCUCCACGUCAAGUUCGCCGCCUUCGUGGAGCACAAGAAAAAGGAAGGGGAGGACGCCGUUAAGACGACGCGCUUCUUGGCGCUGGACAAAUGCCUUCCUCAGCGGGAGUUUUUACAGGUGCUGGAUGUCCCGCACUCCGGGGAGGGGCCCCUGCAGCUGGAGUGGGACCCUGAGUGGUUGGCCAUCCUGCAGGCCACCAACCACCUGGUGAGCACAACGCCGGAAAAGCAACACGUGCCUGAGAACAAGAGCUUGCACGAACGCUGGGACUACAGCGUGUCAGAGGAGGAGGUGAGGAUGUUGGCGGAGACUCUCGGCGACGGACUGCGGGUCGCCGAGAACUUCCUGCCGACGGUGCCGGCCUACGACCCGCAGCGGCCCAACAACGGCCGCGAGGCCGCCCACAGCCCCAACCCGCAGACCACGGAGCUUUGCGGACGCCUGGGCCUUGUCGACCCUUACGCGAUGGUGGGCGCCGCCGGCGGCGGGGACGAGGGCAGCCCCUUCAGCAGCACGCCCAGGCGGCUCAGCGCUUCGUGGCGCCAGGAGGACGCCGCCUUCUCCCCGGACCCGCCGAGCGACUACUCAGCGGACACGUCCGGCCUCUCCUCCUCGUCGGUGAACCCCGACGAGAUACCGCUCGACGACGAUGAAGAGGAGGACGAUGACAACGAUGAGGACGAUGACGACGACGAGGAGGAGGAGAAGGAGAAGGUGGAGGAGAAGGUGGAGGAGAAGGAGGAGGAUGAUUGUAGCGCGCGAGUCCAUCACGGCCACAGUGACGCUGACGUCGGCGGUUCACGGAACCCCGGGGAAGACGGGGUGAACAAAGAUGAGGCUGCGGAUGUUGCGAAGAAGCAGCAGCAGCAGCAGCAGGGCACCCAGGGCGACGCGACCCCCAUGACCUCUCCGGCCAGCAGCCAGGCCCCGUCGUGCAAGCGGACGCCCGAGCAGGCCCAAGCGCCGACGGCCGCCGCCGCCGCCGCCACCGAUGGGGCGAGCGGCGUGAAAAAGAUCAAGCGGCGGAACCAAAGUAUUUACACGGCGGCCAGGGACGAUGACGCCGACGGCAAGAACUGAUUUCUCCCGCCGGUUGCGCUGACCCACCGCCAGAGGUCGCAACAGGGCACCCAAUACCCGUACCCUACCCGAUACCCGGCUACCCGUACACGGCCGGAUACGGGUACCCGUUUGUGACCCUGGUGCGGCCGGGUACGGGUAGGCCGUGAGUCACCGGUGAGUCACCGUUUGUCACUCAUUUACCAACGUCUUGUCUCUUCAAACAAUUCUAGUUCCUAGAAUCAACCCACCCGCGCCUGCAGCAUGGCUUCAUCCCAGAGGUCGCAACCGGUACCCGAUACCCGUACCCUACCCGAUACCCGGCUACCCGUACCCGGGCAGGUACGGGUAGCCGUUUGCGACCCUGGUGCGGCCGGGUACGGGUAGGCCGUGAGUCACUGGUGAGUAACCGUUUGUCACUCAUUUCGGGUAGGGUACGGGUACGGGUAGGGAACGGGUACCCGUACCCGGCCAGGUACGGGUACGGGUACCCGUUUGCGACCCUGGUGCGGCCGGGUACGGGUAAGGAAUCAAAACCCGUUUGCGACCUCUGCCCAUCGCCGCCGCCGCAGCCGCCACCGGUCGAUCACCGGCCGUGUGUUUUUGGCGUCCAGUGGUGUGUUAUUAUUAUUUUAUAUUUUUUAAAACCUCUUCGGGACGUUUCUUCGGCGAUCGUUGGUCUCGUGUUUACAACGUCCCCGCCAUACGGAAGAAACAUUUUUUUAUUGCGUUGCCAUGCCACACGGCGGUACCGUGUGUGUGCGGUGGAGGGUUUGGGGGUGGGUGAGGGUUGUGUAGUUGGUUAGCGCGCCGCAAACCCAGCGAGUUCGAUUCCCGCUCUCACUGCCACCAAUGCCCACCGGUGACGAUUGUCUGAACCUGGUUCUGGGCCUCCCCCUAGGUCGACUCGGCCUCAAAUGAGUACCUUGGCGCAGUGUGCAGUCAUCAUCGCCGAUCGGGAGGCAAAGGCGGCCUGGCGUGGUGCUGGCCACUGCCUCCGUGUGCCGUGCCGGGCUUCAUCGGUGCGUCACGCUAACAGCACUUGCCCCAUGAGUCUGUUUAGGCUAUACGGGGGGGUGGGGAGCGGGGAGGGGUGGUCUUGGUGGGGGGUAGUGGGGGUGGAGAGGGGGGAGGAGGGCGUUUUAUUUGACGUGCGGCAUUUGCGUCAGGCCACGGAGCGGGUCCUGGAUCUCGGUGUGAGAAUUGGUUGCGCGACUCCUCAUUAAAAAGCGCACCCCUCAGUUUUUCUAUAGUUUUACUUGUGGAUCCACCAGCAAAUUGUGUCUUGUGUCUGCAACACACAAGACACGCGAAUACACCACGUAGUCUGUGGGUAUUUUUCUUUUUUAACCGGGCGGUCUUGUGCCGGGGGAGUGAGACGAUCACAAUCUUUUAUUAAAAAAUUUUGUCCCGAAGAAAGCCGACGGUGAACUCUUUGAAGCUUUUUUUUUCGCAGAUGCUUCAGCUUUCAUUUGCGACCUGAAUAUCGCAAAUGGAAGCUGAACGAAGUGGCUUAUCGCGUGGAAAUUUCUAAGCAGCCAAAUACUCUUAAACGCGCGUCGAUUGUGAAUGUGGAGGGAAAAACCGAAGGACCCGGAGAAAAAUCCACGCGACCACGCGCGUUGUUGAUGCUUAAUGUUGGAAGGGAAAAACUGGAGGAUCCCAGAGAAAAAUCGACAUAUAUAUACAAUCGUCAGGGUCGGGAUCGAACCCACGACCUCCUGCGUACCAGGCGAGGUAGUUAACAUCUCCUAGCCACCGUGAUGAUGAUGAGAGAGAGACACGCAAACUCCAAUUAUACAGCAGCAGGCGUCAGGGUCGGGAUCGAACUGACAACCUCCUGUAGACCAGGCGAAGUUGUUAACAUCUUGAACGGACAUCAUCCGUGUUGGAAAUUUAUAGUAGCCGCCAAAUACUCUGAACGCUUCCAACAACAAUCGGCAUGCCGCGAUAGAACAUGAUCGCUGACAUUUCACGUGUGGGGAGCCCCCCUCAUGGUUCAUCGGCUGGCGAAUUCAAAUUUCGAAAUUGUGGUGAACAUUCGUGGAAAUGAGUAAUAAAAGUGAGAUGAAAGCGAACACAGGUCACGGGGGAGCACACGCCAUCAUGAGUGUGACCUCAUCACGUGCGUUGAACUCCACAACUUCCUGACAGUUUUGUUUGACAUUGUGCAUUUUGAAAGAAUAUUGACUCGUUUCGAUUGAAAGCUUUCGUGACUGCAGGGAUUCAUCUUCUUGGUUCUUUCGGUAAAGUCGCGUAGAAGGGAAAUAAUGAAAUAAUAAAAAUUUAACAUAAUAAAAUACAAUUCUCACGACGUUUCGGCCACAACGCAAGCAGCCGUCCUCAGGUGAAAAACAGGUCUGUCGGAAAGAC